CUCUUUUUCAUUUUUUAACCGACAAGAAAUCACGCGACACCAAAUAUUAAAGCUCGUUCAAUUUUUUUACUUAACAACCCAACAACAUAUCUUCCAAUUCACAGUUUUGUCUUUCUCAUAAUCUCAUUUCUCACUCAUUCUUCAUUCUUCAAUCUUCAAUCUUCACCUCACUCUAAAAUAAGAAAUAAAAAUGAUGACAACAAUUAUAGUACGAAACAGCGUGUUGUUGUUGAUGACAAUAGCAGUUUUGGCAAUUGUUUUAGUAGAUUCUCGAGAGCUCCGACCAUCAGAGCAUGGUUUACCAUUCCAAGACCUUUCAGCGAAGUCGCCGGAGAUGGUGUCAUUCUUCGGAGAAGAAUCGAAAGAACCGCCUUCGACGUCGAUUUUAAAUGAAACGGCGUCGACGGAUACGUGGUGGAGAGGGACUCCAGCGGGGAAAGAGGAGAAUAAAGUGAGGAAGGCAUUGGUAAUUGCUACGGUGGUGUGUGGUGGUACAGGUCUUGUUUUAUUAUUGGCUGCUGUGUUUAUGUUUGCGGUGCAUUUUUAUCGACGAAGAUUGCUAUUAUUAUCGUCAUCUGAUCAUAAUGCUAUUGCUGCCAAUCACUCUGUUACUGCUGCUGUUAUUGCUGCAAAUGUUCCUGAUCAUAAUAAAUGAAGAUUGCGGAAUUCUAUUUUUUGUUUUUGUUUUGUUCUGAGAGAUAAAUUAUUACUGUAGACUGUAGUAUCGUGGAAUUUUGGGUAUUGUUAUGGAAUGAAAUGCACAGGGAAUUAAUUCUUAAUGUUGAGUGUUAGAUUGAUUUCAUUUCUAUAAUACAAGUGUUGCUAUUUUGUUAA